AUGGAUUACGUUUUCGACUCAUGCACUGCCCAGCCGGGGAGCACGACGACGCUCAUUGUUACAACGACCGUCGUCACCACCUUCUCACUGCUCGCCCUGUUGCGCCACACCCUGUAUCCCAAGAAACGGAGCAUCAUACCGAAUCCGCUCAAGACCGCGAUCCCCAGACUAAGCCAGAGUGAGAUAGAGAAGCUCGAAUAUGCGCCAGACUACUUCCCCGGCGCACGAGAUGUCCAAACUCCGUAUGGCUCAAUACGAGUCUACGAGUUCGGCCCCGAGGAUGGCCGCAAGGUCCUGAUGAUCCAUGGCAUUAGCACCUCCUGCCAGACGCUUACGCACAUUGCCCACGGCCUGGUUGCCAAGGGGUGCCGUGUCAUGCUGUUUGACCUCUGGGGCCGCGGGUUCUCCGAUGGCGUCGGGGACCUUCCCCACGACGCCCGCCUGUACGUGUCGCAGGCCCUGCUCGUGCUGGCGUCCUCGCCGCUGGCCUGGACCGGCGCCGGCGGCUUCCACCUCCUGGGCUACUCGCUCGGCGGCGGCAUCGCGGUGCACCUCGCCACGGCCUUCCCGGACAUGGUCGCUAGCCUGGUGCUGCUCGCGCCCGCGGGCCUGAUCCGCGCCGCCAACUUCGGCCGCCUGUCGCGGUUCGUCUUCAAGACGGGCGUCGUCCCCGAGCGCGUGCUGGCCGCCCUCACGCGGCGCAGGCUGCAGCGGCCCAUCGCGUCGAGCACGAAGCGGCGCAAGCCCGGCAGCGCCGGCAACAGCGGCGCGUCGACGCCGGCGGGGGCCAAGUCUGCAAGCUCGGUGAAGCCGCACUCGCCGACGACGCCCGUCGAGGAGUUCGUCGACAUCGCGGUGGAGGAGGCGGCGGACCCGGUCGGCGACGAGGUGCCCUCUGAGCUGCAGCGCCGGGUGUGGCGGUACGUGCGGUGGAUGGUGCAAUACCACGACGGCUUCAUCCCCAGCUUCAUGAGCACGGUGCGCUAUGCACCGAUGAUGGACCAGGAGGCGGCGUGGGCGCGGUUGGCGGAUCGCAAGGCUGGCACAACGUGUUUUAUCUUUGGGAAAUCCGAUGAGGUUGUGCAUCCAGAUGAUUAUGAGCAGGAUGCUCUGCCUUUGGUAGGUGGUAGGGAACAUGUCAGCUGGAAUCUGAUCCGAGGCGGUCAUGAUUUCCCCAUGAGUCACCCCGAUGAGACCUUGUCCCUGGUUUAUAAGUUCUGGGGAUGGCAGUAG